AAGUCAGUUUAGUCAAUUGCAUUUAUCAAACCAGCUCUAAAUAAGAAUUGGUGGAGGGAUUGCAAUUUUUGUUAAAUUCGCCAGUUCAAUCAGAUUUAAGAAUUUCAACAGAUAACAUGGAUGGUUGAAACCUGAAACUUCAACUCGUUCCCAAUGUAAUAAUUCAACUUUGGAUCGGAAUAUGAACGAAUCAAAUUUGGAUUUUAUCCAAUCUGAUUGCAUCCCUACUUACCGCAGGUCUGCAAUCUAAGUUUACAUUCCAGCCUUCCAGGUAGUUUCUAGUCGCCGGAGAUGUAGACGUUUUACUUUUUCCAACAUCAAUCCAGCUUUUCCAGGUAGUUUUCAGUCGCCGGAGAUGUAAACAUUUUCCUUUUUCCAACACUGAGGACUUGUCCAAAGUCCAAAUUUACCGCCCCGCCCACGUUGAAACUAUGCAAGAUAUCCGGAAAAACAAAACCCCACCUAAGUCGCUGACUCGCAAGCACUGACCUACCGAUACCGAUGGUGCUGUAAACGGGAAUUUUCGUGACACAAAAGAGAACUCGACAAGUCAAUGUGCUUUACAAUCUACGGGAGACGACGAUCCAACUUUAUUAUUUACUUCGUCUUUUAAUCCAUAAAAAAAACAACAUCAAUCCCACAGACGCCUCAGAAUCUCUUAUCCUCCUUCCUCUAUGUGGAGCAGGGGUUCAAAAAACUGGUUUACUCCCUUUUUACAGCAGAAGAAUGCGGGAGACAAUGGACAAUGACCUGUACAGGGAACUAGAAUCCUGGGUUCGAUCUUCUACCCAUCUAAUGUAUUGCAUAUUUUUGAGUUUUAAUUUAGGGUUUCAAUUCAAACCACUUGGAGUGGGAGAAAUUCAAACACCAUGGAAUUUGGGUCCCUUUCAUGCUGUCAUUUUACGGAAGAAAAGCGCGUUGUGGACUUUCUCUGCAACUUCCACCUCCCUUCGCUGCAGCUACUCUUGGUAGAAGAUCUGCUCGGUGCUGUAAGAGAGGUAAUGAGGGGUCUUUCUAUGCAAGAUUUCUUAUCCAAGUUGGAACCUUUUCUGAGAAAUGUGGUCCGGGAGGAGGUGGAGCGUGGAAUGCUGCUCUAUAUACACUCAUCUCCAAAGCAUCCUCUCAAUCAGAUUGAGGCAUCUGGAUCAAGAGGCUGGCAGUUGCAUUUUGUCAAUGGAUUGCCAGGUACCCUUUUCACAGGCAGCCGGAUAGAAUCUGAGAAUGGUGAUCCACUUGAGAUAGUCAUCAUUGAUGCUAGUACUAAAAGUAUAAUCAAAUCUGGUCCUCUAUCUUCAAUCAAGAUAGAGAUUCUUGUCCUUGAUGGUGAUUUUGACACGGAUGAACAAGAAGAAUGGACUGAGAAGGAAUUCAAUAAGAGUGUAAUCUGUGAAAGAGAAGGGAAAAGGCCAUUGGUGGCUGGAGAUCUGGUAAUUACACUUAGGAAUGGAGUUGGCCAUCUUGGUGAAAUCUUCUUUACAGAUAACUCCAGCUGGAUACGAAGUCGAAAAUUUAGGUUAGGAGCUAGAGCUGUGCGAAGCACUUGUGGUGAAGAAAGAAUUAGAGAAGCACGAAGUGGAGCUUUUAUUGUAAAAGAUCAUCGUGGAGAGUCGUACAAGAAGUAUCAUCCUCCUUCCUUCAAUGAUGAAGUCUGGCGUUUGGAGAAGAUAGGGAAAGAUGGUGCAUUUCAUACACGGCUGGCUUCUAAAGGAAUUAACACAGUGCAGGAUUUCCUCCGGCUGUAUGUGACCGACCAGUCCUUGCUGCGCAGUAUUCUUGGUGGGAUGUCAAAUAAGAUAUGGGACAUAAUUGUGCAACAUGCCACAGCUUGUGUUCUAGAUAAUAAGCUGUACAUGUACUAUAAUGCUGAACGAAGGAUUGGGCUAAUUUUUAAUUCCAUCUUCAAGGUUAUUGGGGCAACAUUUGAUGAAUAUUACCAUUCUCUAGCUGACCUCAAUGCAUCUCAGAUGAUCUUGGUUGAUAGUUUGAAAAAGCAUGCUUACAAGAAUGUUAGUAACAUAUUCGAGAUUGACGAACCACCCAAUGAUGGUCCUUUGAGGCAUUUGUCUCUACUGCAAGUUGGAGCUGUUCCAGGACCAACCCUGGAUAUCCAACAUCCUGAUCUCCUGUUUACAAUGCAAGAAUUUUCUGCAGAUAAACAAGCAACACAACCAGCCAUCGAUCAUUUGGAUAACCCAUCAACAUUCAUUCUGGAGGAUCAUUCUCAGUCCAGAGUUGGUAACAUGCAAGAGUGUCAUUCGGUGCAACUGUUUACAUCAAUAGGAAGGGAUGAUUCCGGCAUGAGAGAUUAUUUCAGUGAACCGUAUGGAAAUGCCAUGAGUGAAUGGGUUUCAGGUGGGUCAGAUGGGUCUGUAGUGCCAGGCGGGCAUUUGGUAGGGAAUGACAAUUCUCAGGUUCAGUUCCAGAGUUGGUUUCCAUUUCCUGCAACGUGGGGACAAGGGAAUGGAUUGUUUAUCGGUUCAAGUGAUGACACAGGCAUUAAUUUUCUUUCUUCUCUACCUGAUUAUGUUCAUUUUUCUAGGAGUUGUAAACCCAACAUGGGGUGGUUUAAGCUUAGGGCUGCAGUAAAAUGGGGAAUAUCAGACUUAGCUGCUAGAAGAAGGGCAAGGCUUUUGCAACUUGGUUAUUAAGCGAAGUACCAAGUAUCAACCGAUGUCUCUACAAAUUUAUGACUCGGGGUAAUUGUAAAUUUGCUUCUAGUCUGGAGGAAGGGGUUGUUUUGUUCUCUCUCUCUCUCUCUCUUGAUGGUCCUCCCACUGUUGUACUGUACCGAAUGCAAGGGUACAUUGGGUCGCAUGUUCUCCUAUUAUCUCAUUAAUGCAUCAAAGUUCAGAUGCAGUAAGAAUGAUCCUGUGAACAAGUUUGCGACUGUAACUUAAUGUAUGGGCGUGUGGUUUAUUUCCGUAGAAGGUUA